CGAAGUCGCGCGCGCGCCCUUGCACUACGUCCUUUACGCACCACGACUUCAAACAUUUAUAAGACGAAAAUAUCGGAUCACAAACCGGGUUGAUAACAUAAACUGUUCACCGAAUCCUAAAAUACAGUGAUGUUCUCUCGUGACAUUGUUUAUAAGUGAUACAUUUGUGGAUGACCGUGUAAAGUUUAACAAAAACUGGAGUUCUAAACUUUCCAACGAGAGCAAGCCAUGUGACUAUAGUGAGCGGGCGAGUAAGAUUUGUGAUGUGGCUGUUGGUGGCAGUGGUGUUGGCUGUACCAGCCGUCGCCCAAGCCCUGUUCUGCGAUGACGCCCGUCUGCGGUGCGCCUACCGCUCGGGCUGCGGCGCGGCCCUCAACAACUACAUGAUGUACUGCAGUGACGUUCUCAAUCGCCCUAUGAAUAAAUGUCCGGAGGAGUGCGAACAUGCUCUGAUUGCAUUGACAUCCACCGUUGAAGGGAAGGACUUGAUGAAUUGCCAGUGCGAGAAUGAGUAUUGCAAGGCGACAAAGCAUAGGAUUGAAAUUUGUCGAAGCCAAGUUUUGAAGGGUGCCGCUAACGCUACCUCGUCUUGUCGCCUCUCUCAACUGAUCUGCCUCGCGGACUCCCAAUGUGCAGCUGCGUUAGACUAUUAUCAUAGACUUUGCUGGUCUAUGUACGAAGGGAAGAAAUGUUCGCGAAGAUGCCGAAAUUCCAUCGGCAUACUGAGAAAGCAAGAGAAAGCUGCAGCUUUAUCAUCUUGCAAGUGCGACGGUAACGAAGACUACGACUGUCCCAAGAUGCAGAGCAACUUUGCAAGGCUAUGCUUCAAGCACACCAAUUACAAAGGGAAGAACAAAGUGAAAGAGGAACAUACCCCCGAAGUGGUUAUGGGUUCCGCUUCUUCUUUAUCCGUGUCCUGGGUAUUAGUCGUGCUGAGUUACUGGACUUACACAUUAUUAUAGUUAUAGGUCUACCUCGUAAAGUAAAUACUUUUAUUGUCAAGCCUUUAUCCUAUUUCGAAAUACGAGUCGGGCUUGGCGUGAAGGUGUAUUAAUUUAUAGCAUCGAAGUACAAUACUUUGUGUAAAUAUGUGAAUAUUGUAGUUGUACGAGGGAACGCAAGGGUUUGGGAGUAUUGCAGAAGUUUUUGUGCGUGUGUAGAGUGUGGUUCGUGCGCCGCCCACGGCCGCUGUCGCCGUGCUAUAAAUAUGGCCGUCGGUGGUGGUCCCGUGACAAAUGCUGGCUGUCCCCGGUGCAGCGUUGCGCCGAUUGAUCUAACGACUGCCACAAAUUGACAGAUUAUGCUCGAUGUGGAAUUUAAAGUUUUAUUUAGUUUGCUCGCUGAUUUAUAUUGGCAGACUCAUUAGAAAUUCAUUCAAUCUAAAGUCUUUCAAUUAAGUUCAAUGAAAUCUUAACAACUUUUCGUGUGAAUAGAAAUUGUGAUAUAAACCACUGCCCAAUGCAAAUUUAAGUACCCACCUAAAUGAUGAGUCUUCAUAGGAAUUUUUACAUUGUAACUUUUAUCGAGGUAGAGUUUCAUCAUAUACAUUAUAGAUCGCAUUUCGUAAAGUGCUAAGCUAUAAUAUUAUCUACAUAUUAAUUAUUAUUUUAAAAAGUACAAAAUUAGCUUUAUAAAGAGGCAAUACUUUUGUGUUCUUAAUUUAAAUUAUGACGGGCCAGGGCUAGGGAAGUGGAUGUUCUAAUGACACAGUCGUAUCCAAUUCCGGUGUCUGAGACACUAAUCGUCGCCGGUGAUUUAGGUCCACAGGCGCGUAUGCUACCGUCACGUCGAACAUCGUCGUUUUGUUAGCAUCCGUUUGAACAUAGAACAUCAAUAAUCCCGUGAAAUUCCGAACUAUACUAGAAACAUUUUGUGAUUACUUCUUUUAAUUUGUAGCCAGUAUCCAGGCAUUAUUUUUUCUGAUAUAUCGGGUAACUAGGUUUGUUCUGAUUAUUAGGAAAAAUAUACAGAAAGAACAAUUUAUUCUUGACGGCCAGUGCUAUGAACCGGUUCUUUUGAGUCGAUGUGGGCGUGCAAAUGUUAUCAAAAUAAACAAGAGCACAACGUAGCUAUUUCGUAUCAAAUUGAGUGUUUCUGGAGUGGUUGGAAUCGGCGAAACUGUUUUUUUAACGUUCACUUGUGUAUGAGUAACACCGUCGUUCAUGUUCUGGGUUGAAGCUAAAAAAUAAUUAUUAAGAGACUUAGUUUAUGACUUAAAUCGAGUUUGUCUUAUUACAGUAAUAAACUUAAGUCUGUUAACAUUUUAAUAUUUUUACAAUAAAAUACUACAGAAAUAUGAUUUCUUGUCUCUUUUAUAUCAUAAAUUGAUCUGAAGGACUAAUCAAAAUGUAAUUAGCAAUUCAUCUUUCAACAAUUCUUACCAAUGUUCCAUCGCACUUUGUACGCAUGCAUAAUGUGGAUGCAUACAAUGCUCAGAAUAUGAAUGAACCUCUCGUAAUGUGGAUUUUAUAGCCCUAUAAAACACAUAAUGCAUUUGCAAUUUAAAAAAGCUUAUGUUUAGGAUUAUUUUUCUAUUGAUAAAUUUAAAGGUACACGUUACGAAAGUCAAAUUACAUUUCUUUUUAGUUACAAUAAGUUUUAGUGUAGAACAGGCAUGGAUAUUAGUGGAUUAUUGGUAAUUUUGUGGAAUUCUUCAAAGAGCUUCUCUGUCGGAUAGGCGAGAUAUAUCAAUUCGUCAAAUUAAAUCCCAAAAUGACCUUUCAUUUGCUUCAAGAAUCUGUGGAACACCUUGCACGUUUAAUCAAAAAUGUAUAUUUAACAGAUUUCCUGUCCCAUGAUUAUAUAUAUAUACAGAAACUAAAAUACAUGUAAAUGAAAAUAUUUUAGAUUGCUUUCAAUAAAAUAAUUCUUAUAACAUUCGUUAUUUUUACGGACAAGAAAUCUGUUAAAUAUCCAAUUUUAGCAACAACAGAAAGAUUUUGUACCAUUUUUUAAAUAGACUACCUACAUUACUACAUAAUUUAUAAUUUUAAGUUCUCAUAUAAAUUUAAAAUUAUACGUAGGCUUUUAUUAUUAGAAUCAUUUAAUGAUUUAUGUAUGUUAAUGAAAUGAUUGUUUAAAUCUGUGCAUUGGUGCAUAUCCUUUCUUACAGUACAAAUUACUUUACAUGUGUAAAAAAAUAUUGUUCGCCUGACGAGGCUUAAAAAUAUUAUUGUUACUAAACUCUUAUUAAUACAUCUAAACAAACCAGUAUUUUCUUAGUUCUGGUCUUCUUUUUAUUUUAUUAAAGUACUUAGUAAAGAGUACUAACAAUAUUAAGUAGGAAAUGGAUUUUUCAGACUUUUUUAUAUCGAUAAAAAAGAUUGUGUGUGUAUGCUUCAGUUGGUUUGAGUGUGUUAAUAGCAAAUUAGAAAUAUAAUGAAAUCCUUAUUGAAUUACACAAAUUAAAUUCGUAUGUUUUAAUUAUAACAGUCCAUUUUUUAAGACCAAUUAUAACUUUCUUUUUAGGUUAGUUUAUAUAUAUCUAAGUAACAGGUUUUGACAACAUAUUAACCACAGUUUACCAAAGUGAGAUUAUUAGAUUUAUUAUAAAACUGUAAAUAAUGAUCAGUUGCAUGUAGCUAAGUUUUACUAUAAGGAAAAUCGUACAAAGUAUUUUUAGCAUUAUAGGUAAUAAUAAUUUAUUGAACUAGCUUCUAUCGAUAUUGUAAAAAAUUGUUGCAUUUGUUUCGUUUUUGUAAAAUUAUUUUAAGGAUUCUAGGUUGUAUUUAUUUUACAA